CAGAAGCACAGAACGUAGGCAACCAGCGAACAUAUAUCUGAGUUUGAGACUGUCGAUUUGCUCAUGACACACAGAAAAAUACAUCACACAUCGAAAUGAAGUGUUAAAGUAAUGGUCACGAUAGUGGCACUGUCUAUUCAAUAUACAAAACUGAGGUUUCAACCUCUGUUUUGGUUCAGUUUUAUGGUUGCUAAGACUAUGCUAACGUUAGUCAGCUAACAUAAUAAGCUAGGUUGCUAACAGGGUAUACAGGUAGCAAGCUAGCUGCAGAAGCUACCAAGGUGCACUAUAUCAUCGGCAUCAUACGGGAGAAGCUUUUCCAAUAUUGACGACAUUCUUAUCUCCAAGCUCACUGUAAAGAUAUGGAAAAUGCAAGGGGAGCAACCAGACAAAGGGAAUCUGACUCUGUAAAAUCCUGACAUGGGAGGUCAUCAGGUCCACUUCAGGUGAAGCAUCAUGCCUCCAAGGAAGCGACCCCUUGCUCCCAUAGGUGGGAGGAGAAGGCUGAAGACUGAUGACGAUUUCUUCCCCUUCAAUCUCCUGCCUGUGGAAUGUCAGCUGCAUGUCCUCUCCUUCCUCAGCGAAGUGGACAAAUGCAACUCAGCGUUGGUUUGUUCUAGCUGGAGCUGCCUGGUACGAUCGGGGAAGCUCUGGAGAGUUGCAGAUUACUCUCGCCGUGGAGUUUUCCACAUGGGCCAGGAAGGGCUGCUUGUGUCCAACCGGGAAUUUGAGCGCUGGAAAGCAUGGGUCCACCAUUACACCCACCACCUCAUAUCACGCGGGGCUAGCCUUCUUACCCUUAAAGCCAGCUUUGAUCUUGGGGACGAGUGCAAUAAGUGGGGGGAGCUCCUCUCUCACCUCCUGGAGAAUGUUCACUGUAGAGACCUCUGCCAUUUAGACCUGAACUGGACAUUCACGCUGCUGGAGCCUUUGGAUCUGCGGGUGAACUCCAGCUCCAGUUCCCACCAGGACAGCAUCACCAAGAUGGACCAGGUCAGUAACUUUCAGAUCCUGCUGGCUAAACUUACCCAGAGCUGUCCCAGGAUCACCAAGAUGCGCCUCCAUUUUGACUGGUCGGAAACAUCUGUGUCACUCCUCACUCAGUUCCAGCACCUCCGCGUCCUGGAGCUUAAGUAUUUUUGGGUCUUCAAAGGGGUCAGCCCGAACACCUUGCAGACCUUGACCAAAUCGCUGCCCAACCUGAAAUCCCUGACUCUCCAUGUGCUGGUGCCCCUCAGGAAUUUGGGCAUCUCCUACACGCUGGAAUCUCUCUCGCUGGAGUUCUUGGACGUCUCCCCAAGCCGAGGCCUGGUCUUUUCUUGCCUCAACCUGCCGGCGCUCCGCGAGCUGCGGGCCAAGAAGAUUGUGCGUGGCAUCACUCUGGACCGCAGGACCAGGCUGAGGAUACAGAGCCGGUGGCCCUGCCUUUACCAGGUCCUGCGGGAGGGGGCGCCCAAGCUGCAAGCUCUCAACAACGAAAGACUUCUUCCCAACUGGAAAGAACAGACAUACAGAGAGCUCACCUCCAUCCUGCAGCAGUCCUGCUACUGCCUUCAACAUCUGGAUAGCUGGCUGUGGUGAACAGAGUGGUCAACAGCUGGUAGAUAAUCGCUAUGGAUUGCUGUGAAGGAUUGUGGCUAUGUUAAUCAAGAGGAACUCUGAUUGCAUUUAUAUUCGUUUAUUUUUUAAAUAGUGUGAUUGACCAACCCCUGCUCACCUGGGGCUUUUACAGAACACCACUACUGCAGUAUUGUAGCUUUGCGGUGACAAAGUUCAUUCCAUAUCAUUUCUGCUGAUAAGAUCAAGAAUAGAGGGAAAUUACAUGAUGAGAUAUUUAGGAAUUGAUGUAUAAUUCUGUCACAGAAAUUGUUAUUCUUCGUUUUGGAAUUUAACCUGCAAGUUACCUCAAAUUGUUGUGACUGAAUUGGAAAUUAGGAAGCAAUGGAACAAAUGUGUUUUUGAUCGAGGAUCAAGCAGUGGUGCUGUGUUUUAUUUUUUUAAAUUAUGAUUUUAUCCGCAGAUCAUUCCACAACAAAAGAAAAUGUUUGGAUAUGUGAACAUUUUGGAUAGUCUGUAAUUAGACAUAUAUGAGAGCUUAUUCCUACAUAGAUACAGAUCAUUGUGGUACCUUCCUUAGCCAUUAGAGGUCUCCUUAGGUGGUUUCUGCACUAAAAACACCAUGCCUGUAAUUUCUCCCUGUGCUGACUUUCCACCGAUAACAAUACCUUUAAUGGAUAUUUGAUUGAUUUCUCAGAAAAAGGAAACUUGAUUUACUGAAGAUUAUAAUGGUCACCACAAUAAACUGAUGUCAUUGAA